AUGGCUUCACCCAGGCGCGUCGUCCAACUGGGAUUCAUUUGGUUUUGCAAUUUAAAUGGUUUAACCACUUUUAGCUUUUACUCGGCAAGAAUUCGCGAGUCCCGCUUUCUCUUCUGCUAUCGAAUAUUUCACAAUAUCCUGGUAAUGAUCCUAACCAUUAAGUUCUUGAUGGACUUUUGGCAUUUUAGUGCCGAUUCCUUUGAGGAAUCACCGCUGGUGCGCCUGGCUGCCAUCACUUACUUUGGCUUGGUAUUCCUGUCGCUCAUCAGCUGCAUGGGAAGUGCCCAUCGACGACAGGAUCGUAUACGGAAUUUGAUCACGAAGCUCCAGGAAAUGGAGGACGUAAGCAAAUCUCGUAACUACAGGGUUCCCAGAGGCAGGAAGCGUUUCCUAAAUCUCCUGCUGAUUGUCCUGACCGCCCUGCUCGUCCUUCGACUAGCUGUUCAUGCCUACUUGAAUGUGAAUAGAUUUCGGCGGGGAAUCCACAAUCCCUGCAACUGCUUCCUGUCCGAGUGUAUGAUCUUUGCUAUGAACUCCUUGGCCUUUGGCCUCAUGCUAGAGAUAGCCCGCAACUGGUGGCGACUGGAGUCGGGUUUGAAAAUGCUGAUCUUGGAUCCGGAACCUCGGCCGGACCGGCUGACUCAUUUACGGCAGCUCCAGACCAUGUUCCAGUGCCUGAUUGAAAUGAUGGAUGAGGUGUGCUUGGUGUUUAGGUUCGUGUUUCUGUGCUAUUUGAUGCGGAAUGUGUGGAGUGGAAUACGGGUAGGAUACAUGCUAGUCCGCGUCUGUCUGGGUCACAGUGCCAUUGAAUCCGAGCUGGAGUAUCUGCAGAUGGUAUUUGUGACCUGCAUUCAACCACUGUUGUUCUCUUUGAUGAUGAACUCCCUGACCCAUACCACCGACUCUCUGCUGGAGGAUACCAAGGCCACGAUUAGGGGGCUAUAUAGUCGCGGGAAUAGCCAGGUGGAGCGCAGGAUGGAAUGGUUCUCCCUGCAACUGGCGGAGCAACACACCUAUGUCCACAUCUUCGGUACUUAUCGCAUGAAUCGAAGCUUAGUUUUCGAUGGCUGCUCAGUUAUCCUGCUGCAUGUCAUCUAUAUGGUGCAGUGCGAGUACACUUCAAUGUUUUAG